AUGGCUCAGGAGCAGGGAUCGGAGAGGAUGAUUGACAUUGCUAAGGAGGAUGGUGGACUGUACUACUUUGAGAAUUAUGAUCAUAUGGAAAGCAACCUCCCCUCCAAAUGCAACUGUGAGGAACAAGAGUUGUUGGCCUCUGCCGGAAUUGGUGUCCUAUCCAGUGGUGAACCCGAGCAACAAACCUCCACGCCACAGAGAUCGCCACAGCGUCGAGGAGGACUCCUUGCGCCGCUGCUCAACAAGGCGACGGCCGACGGAGCAGAGAGCAGUGGGCAAGGGAAAAUCUCGGUGGCUGUCAUAGAAGAGAUCGCGACCGGCGCUAGGGUUCUUGUGCCAAACAAUAGGCUUGUUUUCAACAUAAUAUCUGUGAAAUGUGGCCAUUGCUCAAAUUUGCUUUCUGUGCAUUUGGGAUCGACGUCAUUGCUCGAAACUCUACCUCUCCAUGAUUUCCAGGAAAUUGAAAUGCAGGCCUACGAUAUCGGAGCUCAUAGAAACUGGGUGGAGUGCGGGUCGUCAUCGUCCAUGUACAAUUGGGCUCCGACGCAUAACGAUCAAGGACAGACUAAACCUAUUCGUCCUCCAGAAAAGAGACAACGAGUUCCUUCUGCUUAUAAUAGGUUUGUCAGGGAAGAAAUUCAAAGGAUAAAGGCAAACAACCCUAGUAUUAGCCACAAGGAAGCAUUCAGUUCAGCAGCAAAGAAUUGGGCACACUUCCCUCGCCUUCAAAUUGGACUAAACCUCGACGAGAACACGAAGAUAGAGAUUGACAAGGAGAAUAAUAACUCUAUGAUGGGUUAA